UGAACGGCAAGAUAAUGAGAUUGCUCAGGAGAUUCAGGAACAACUGGUCCGACAGGCAGAGCAGCAGCGACAGCAGGAAGAAAAGGAUGCGGCCAUCGCCCGUAAGUUGCAAGAGAAAGAGAUGAAAGAGGAGAGGAGGAGACAGAAGCACCUGGAAACUCAUUUUGAUGAGGAAUACUUUGAGGAUCAAGCAGGGCCAGGCAGACAGCAAAAAACCUCCUCAGUCUUGUUACUCCCAGAUGCUGGAAGACCCCUCGACGUGGACAAACAUACCCGCCACAAAUCAAGUUCCCCUGGCCGAUAUGAUGAGUACCCUCCAAUGCGCUCACAUCGAGAUUAUUCUCCAGAUUAUUAUUCAGCUGAACCCAAAAAAAAGCAGGUACCCAAAACUGGACUCUGUGGCACCCCAUAGCCGCUCCAGGUAUCCCGAGCACCACGUAGUGACAGAAGGAGGACGAAGCAGACAUGCAGAUCCAUAUCCAGAGCACCUGUCCAGAGGCAAGCAUGGGGACAGAAAUCCAGAGUAUGAGUCUGCGCAUACUGACAGAGCCAGAGACCAAAGGGGGAGGGACACAGACAGAGUGGUAAGAAGGAAGGAGAGACCAGCUAGACCACCUCCACCACAGAGUCCUAUAGAAAGAGACAAGGCCUGGGACAGAGAAAGGCAGAGGCAGGGCAGAGACUGGGACUGGGAGAGACAAGUGAGAAAAGACCAAAGGAGAGACAGGGAACAGGAUCUUAGGCUGCCAGGAGACUGGGAAAAAUCUAGAGACAGAGGACAUAGUGGGGACAGAUAUGGAGAGAGAGACAAACGGAGACAAAAAGACAAGCAACGAGCAAGAGCCAGAAGCAGGGACAGGGGGCUUGAUGAGGACUUUUUGGAGACUAAACAAAGCAGGGAUUGGCCGAUGGAUAGCAGAGCCACCUGGGACAAGGAAGACAAUGAUAGUAAGAGGAGGGCUGGAAGCCGGCAGCGUUCCCACUCUAGCCCCAACAAGGCGUUUGACGAGUUCAAGAGCGAUGAAGGACACAGGAACUCCAGGGAGUUCUGGGACCCCCAGCAGGGGGAGGGUCCUGAAAUAGAGCACAGUCAUAGUCAUCCCAACAAAGAGACAGGUCGUAUUGUGCACAAAGUCAGUGGAGCAGUUGUAGCAGAAACUGAGUUUGGACUGAGCGAAGCCACCAAGGGGCUGACGAAGCUUGAUAUUCGUGAGCAGGAGCUGAAAGACAUGGAGGUUGCAAGAAAAAUACAAGAGGAGGAAAUCAAGGCAAGCAAGAUGCAUGUGCGUGCAGCUCAAAUGGCACAAGAUGAGGAGAUUGCCCGGCACUUGAUGGAACAAGAAAAGAAGGAGUACAAGAAGAUUCGGGAACGAGAGAAAGAGAAGGAACGAGAGAGGGAGAGGUUGGCAAUGGAGAGGAUGGCUAUGGAAAAAAGGCGACAAGAGGCAGAAUUCAGGCCGAAUUCUGAGGAAGCUGUACGACCUAGAACACGAGAGGAGUAUGACUACCAGAGGCAGAAGAACUACAACAAGCCUGCCAGGCCACCUCAGCCUCGUACACAUGACUAUGAGAACGUGAGCUCUGUCUAUGGCUACUCGGACCACCCUGCUGCCUCUCGCCCUCCUGCAAGACCCGAGGCUACUUACAAAGGUGCCUAUCAGAAGCGGUGACUCCAGAACAUGUUGAGAUGCUGUCAGUCCUCCAUUUUGUUUUUUAUUUUUUUUUAAUCUUCUUUUCUGUUUAUUUUUCUUUCAAUAUUUAUUUUUUAUCUUCAUUUUCAUUCAUUCACUCUCUGUUGACCAAAUGCCUUGGGACAAUCUAAUGAGUUGAAUAUUUUAAGUUGAGGAAGUGGGUCUAUGAGUGCUGGGACCACACUUUUUUUUUUUUUUUUUUUUUUUUUUUAUUUGUAAAUUGUGAAUAUUUCUUUUAACUGGUGGACAAGCCAAAUGUGCAGCCUUGUGUAAUGAACUCCCUUGAUUCAAAGCUGUGGAAGUAGAAAAGCAGCUCCUCAUCUGCUGUGGUCAUUGGUUGCUGAUGUUUUUCCUGUCUUUGGACCAUGACAUCUUAAGGGCUUAAGGCCUCUGCUGGAUAUAUCGUAACCAUGCAAUUUUCUCAUAACUCUUGGUGGGAAAUGCCUGUCUGGUCCAAGAUGGCUGCUACAGUGUCUUAGAUAACAACAUGACAACUGCUUUGUGCACUUGUGCUGCAGUUAAUGCUGUACAACAAGAAGCCCGUCUCCAUGUGCCACACAGCCUCUAUGACUCUGAAGAAUUUCAUCCCCUUUGCUGUAUUCAACUAAAACAACAAACAAGCCUUCAUCACGGUGCUGGUAGUUCUGGCCUUGCCGUCUGCUCCACCUUGUUACAGUGCAGAGGUGGAGCUUUGUGACGAUCCAUGGACAUUAAAUGGCUGUCUUUUUUUUUUAACCCCAUGACUGUAUAUGAAUCACUGUUUCCCUGUGCAUGCUUACUGAUCGUGUACAACUGUGUACAUGCAUUUCAGCUCUGUAUUAAAUAAUCAGAAGGGCUAAAGCCACAGAAAGCCAAUAACCACUUUUGUGAAUGAACAAAAUAUCUACUUGCUUAUAUUCUGCUGUAUAAAAUAUCUAUCAGCUUUUCAUUUACAAUCUGAAAUAGAAAUGCAUGUAAGGUGCUUGUCUUAAACCUGAAUUCAUGCUCAUAGCAUAGACUUUUUUUUUUUUUUUUAAUAUAUACUUGUGCUAUGAAAUUGUGUCAAAUCAUUGUGGAAAUGCCAGAUUCUGUAUUCUGUCCUAAAAUUUUGUGUUGCACAAGUUAUUUUUCUUCAAAAAGGGACCUUUUUAUAUUUAUUUUUAUACUACAUUUGGUCUUUCCUUGCAUUGUUUCUUUAAUUUUGUUCUCCAAGCUCUCCCGCUGUCACUUCAACUUAUUUCUCUCAAAGGCAGACAUGACUUCCUGCUAACAUUUCCACAACACAAUAGAAUUUCAUCGGAAGAAGGGAAACUACUCAUCAUCCUGCUUAAAUUGUUUUUGUUUCUUUAAACCUCUGAGAUCUGGAAAAUUUCAUUUUGUGUCGGGAAAAUGAAGGGCACAUAUUUAUUUUAAGUUUAUAAAAAUGUUUGCAUUGGCAGCCAAACAUUUGGUGCUGCUUUAAAGUUCCUAUGUUGUAAUAAACGUUCCUGAAAGUGUGAAUCGGCUUCCAAAACAUCUUUCCCUGAUGUGAAACUGAUAGUUUUCUGUGUGACAUGUUUAUAUUGUGGAGGACAAACAUGCAAGUGUUGAACUAUAUUAACUUGUUCUUUUCUGUUGACAGAAUGGGAUGUUCUCACCUUUCCCCUCCCCCCCUGGAACUUGAAAAGUUGUAGCUGUAGCAAAUUUGGCUCCCAGUGUCUUUGAGGAGAGCACCGCCUUGUGGUUAGGGAUGCAAAAGUUAUACAACUGAUGUGAUCAAGAUGAAUUUUUGUGGAUGUUCAUCAGGGAUUAUAUUUAAGUUUUAUCUACAUCAAACAUCAGGUUUUUAGUCUAUUCUAGGGAUUGUAUGCAAUAUACCGAUCAUGAAUUAAUGUGUUGGGAUUUGCUGUAUCAGAACUUUGAGUAAAAUUAACUGCGGUUGCUUAUAACAAUCGCAUCUGAUAAUAAAGGAUCAUUUCCAUGCAAA